AGUUGAUGGCUCAACAUCCAGAAUCCUGCCAAGAGGACAGACGACAGGGGGAAGAAAAUCCUUUCAGUUCCAUCACAGAGCGAAGAGUGGGAGGAGUCAGGCGAGUGAGAUAGUGAUGCUCCAGGCAGGUGCCAACAAGUGAGAGGUAGCCCAGAGACUGAGACCGAGGGAGAUGGAGAAGAGUCUGUGAGAGCACAAGACACUCAGAAGCUCUGAGAAAAGACAACAGCCAGUGCGUUUCCUGUUUUCCUGCACCAGUCGUUCCUACUCCUCAUCUCUGCUGCCAUGCUGUGUCCUGUGCUGCUUUGUGCCACUCUGCUCCUCCUGACACCCCUGGAGAUCACGGAGGCUCGCUCGCUGCGUCCUUCUCCUGAUGCCACGCAGUUUAUGGAGCAGUUUCUGGAACGCUACAAUGACCUUUUGACCCUGGACGACCUAGAGAAUCUGUUGAACAGCCAACCAGAGGAGCAGUCCACCUUCUCCUCGGGGGUCAAGGCGGCCGAGUACCCCAAAUGGGCUGAUGUACAAACGCAGCCCGAGACCCCCUGGGUGCGCCUGCUGAAAGGCGCCCUGGCCAAUCAGAAGCGUGCAGAGCCGGAGAGGUCACGGCGGGGGUGGAACCGGGGAUGCUUUGGGCUGAAACUGGAUCGGAUCGGGUCCAUGAGCGGACUGGGCUGUUAGUGGAGAGAGGAAAGAAAUAAAGACUGACGACAUCCUUCUUAGAUUGUGGGGAAGAACACCUGCGAAGGCGUUCACCUGAAGGGAAGGAUGUUCACAUGCCUGUAGACGACAUGUAGUGAGGUAUAAACUUCAUCCAGCGUAGAUCAAAUGCUUCACACUCUUGUGGCUGUUUAACAGAGCAGCUGUAGCCUAUUACAUGUUUGUGUUAAAACUGAUUAUUAGAUCAUGCGAACUGCAGUGUGUUUCCAUCAAAUGGUCAUCUUUGAUUGUCAGGCUUGUUUUAGGUAAAUUGGCACUUUGUGUAUUUCUCGCGCGUACAGUUAAUGUAAAGGUGUUUCGAUGUUUUAUGGCCAGAGGACUGUGUUCAAAUCAGAUGUAGUGGACAUCAAUGUCCCAAAAGUGUUGGCACCUGUAAUUCCUGCUGAUCGGUUUCUAUGUUUACUUAUGAUUUGCAUGAAUAAAUCAAUAUGUCAUUUGC